AGAGUAAGAACUCUGCGCUCAGUGUUACGUUCCUGUUCGCUUCGACUCAAAAGGCGACAGCUUCUUUCGCAGUGUUCUCUCCCUCUCUUUCAGCACCACUUCUUUAAGGACAGCACCCCGCACUCGCAUACACGCACUUUUCCACCAUCCACUCCUUCCUUCAGGAUCAAAUGUCUCGUCCUUGACGACGGAUGCAAAGUUUUCUCCUUGGUUUUGCCUGCUUCAAGUAAAAGGAGGUAACUUUUUCGGGAAACGAUUGGAUAUUUCCCAAGUGGAAAGUCGCACCUUCAAUAAGCUUCGAUUUUACUGGUCUCGUCGCCUUUCCUCGUCAUUCACAGAGCCUCUAUGAUCCCUCCUCUCUCGGCUUUUCUCCGGAGACAAUUUGUGCAGGACGGAUUCGCGGACUGGUGCUGAAACUAGUGCUCCGCUGGUUAGGACUUUCUAUCACAGACCGUCAUCAUGGCCACAAACGGGACCAAAGCCUCGGACGGACACGUCUUAACCGAGACGGUGAACGACGCACCCUGCACCACGCCAAAUGACAAGCCUAAAACGCUGGUGGUGAAGGUACAGAAGACGAAAAAGGAUAUACCCGAGAGAGAAACCUGGGGUGGAAAAUUUGACUUUCUCCUCUCUUGUGUCGGAUACGCAAUCGGACUUGGAAAUGUUUGGAGAUUUCCUUACUUGUGUGGGAAAAACGGCGGAGGGGCCUUCUUGAUUCCCUACUUUUUGACGCUGGUAUUUGCUGGCAUGCCCCUGUUCUUUCUGGAGACGGCCCUAGGUCAAUACACUUCAAUUGGAGGUCUUGGUGUGUGGAAGCUGGCUCCGAUGUUCAAAGGUGUGGGUCUGGCUGCAGCUGUUCUUUCUUUUUGGCUUAAUAUAUAUUACAUUGUAAUUAUUGCCUGGGCUAUUUACUAUCUCUACAACUCAUUCAGCAGUGAGCUACCAUGGAAUACAUGUGGCAAUGCCUGGAACACGGAUCGCUGCUACACCAACUAUAGUAUUGCAGACACGACAAACCUCACCAGUGCUGUUCUGGAAUUCUGGGAACGUAACAUGCACCAGCUGACGGAUGGUUUGGAGAAACCAGGGGAAGUUAGGAUUCCACUGGCCAUCACGCUCGCCAUUGCAUGGGUGCUUGUCUACUUCUGUAUCUGGAAGGGUGUCAGCUGGACAGGCAAAGUAGUCUACUUCUCUGCAACAUACCCUUACUUUAUGCUGUUCAUCCUGUUUUGCCGUGGCGUCACUUUACCUGGAGCAAUUGAUGGGAUUCUCUUCUACAUCACACCAGACUUUCAGAAACUCAAGGAAUCUGAGGUAUGGCUUGAUGCUGCCACACAGAUCUUCUUCUCCUACGGUCUGGGAUUAGGCUCUUUGAUUGCUCUUGGCAGUUACAAUCCCUUCAAUAAUAAUGUCUACAGAGAUUCUAUCAUUGUCUGUUGCAUCAACUCCUUCACCAGUAUGUUUGCCGGCUUUGUCAUCUUUUCUAUUGUGGGAUUCAUGUCUUACGUAACAAAGAGGCCAAUUGCUGACGUGGCUGCCUCAGGACCUGGCCUGGCCUUUUUGGCGUAUCCUGAAGCCGUCACCCAACUACCAAUCUCUCCUCUCUGGGCAAUACUGUUUUUCUCCAUGCUGCUGAUGCUGGGAAUUGACAGCCAGUUCUGCACUGUGGAAGGCUUCAUCACAGCACUGGUUGAUGAGUUUCCUCACAUCCUCCGAAAACGUAGAGAAAUCUUCAUCGCUUGCGUCUGCCUUGUCUCUUACAUCAUUGGCCUGUCAAACAUCACACAGGGUGGAUUGUAUGUGUUUAAGCUAUUUGACUACUACUCAGCGAGUGGAAUGUCGCUGCUUUUCCUAGUCUUCUUCGAGUGUAUCUCAAUUUCAUGGUUCUAUGGUGUGAACAAAUUUUUUGACAACAUUGAGGAAAUGAUUGGUUACAGGCCCUGUCUGUGGUGGAAGCUCUGCUGGGUUGUUUUCACUCCUCUCAUUGUGGCUGGAGUCUUCUUGUUCAGUGCUGUACAGAUGGUUCCCCUUACUAUGGGAGAUUAUGUUUUUCCAAGCUGGGGUCAGGGGGUCGGUUGGCUAAUGGCCUUAUCCUCAAUGAUCCUCAUCCCAGGCUACAUGGGCUACAUGUUCCUAACACUCAAAGGCACUUACAAAGAGCGUUUACGCAUGAUGAUCAAACCUUUGGUUCUGGUGAAGGCUCAGGAAAAUGGUCCGGAUCAGCAGACAGAAACCCAGAAUCAGAACCCUGCAAAUGAAGAAGCCUACAUCUAAGAAAAAAAAAUCUAAGCACAGCCUCCCUCUCUGUUUGAGUGGCCAGACCGGCGCUGCACCGUAAUCAAGGUUGGGAACAACCACUAGACUUCAACGUCUGCUUUUAUUCACCUACCUCCUGGGGACAUGUGAAACCAACCUGAUUACAUGGUUAUUUUUAAGGGGGUUUUUCUGUUUGUUUAUUUUUAUAAUACAGAGUUUUAAAGCCUAUGAGGAAGAAAAAAAUAAAUCUGACAAAGUUGUUGUGAUGUUUUGAAUUUCAUUAUGCAAAAGAUAGCCUUCUUAGAGAAUCAAAUGUGACCUAGAAAACUACUGUAUAUUGAAUAUAUGUAAUUUAAAUCAGAAGGCCCUUACUGAUUAAAUAAUAUUCCUUUGAAAUCAUUAAUUAAUUAACUAAAUUUAAAAUACUGUACAAAGGAGUAAAGUAUAUUGACUAAAGUAUAUUUUAUUUUGUAAAUCACCUAAAUACUUUAAAGUGAAUGCAAUGUAGCUGUUAAAUAAAAUGUAAUGGUUUUAGAGAUCAAAAUUCUAAAAUAGAUAAAUAUUAAGCAAAGACAAUAUGGGAAUGUGCAACAGGUAAGGCCAAAUCUGCUUGUAUGUAUACAUGAUAUAUUUGUCACGUUAUCAUUCCCUUGCAGAAUCCUGCACCUCUUUGAAAAAUGUUUACCAAUCAUGUUGAGGACUACAUUAGAAAAGCACAAGUACUUUGUUGUAUUUUAAAUACUUCUUAAUGGCAUGACUGAAAUCUGUGAAAACAGCAAAAAUAACUUAUUUUACACUUAGCAAGAGACUGUUAUGACUGUUGUAUUUAUUUUCUAAUGAAUAAUUCAUUUAAAUGUUGUCUGACUGUUUAGAGACAUUUUUUUAGAUCAUUUUCUAUGAAUCUGAGAAGGACCAAAUUGCUCUCAUUAAUUUGGACAGUUAGCGUUUUAUCUGCAGACUAAUGGAGUCAAUGCACCCCUUGAUGCAGAAAAGCAAUAUUUAGAAAAUAUAGCACCAGUGUGGACGGAAGCCUCUAUUACAAAAGGUAUAGCCAUUUUUGAAAUUCCACAGUUCUGUGUUCACACAGCUCCACUUGAAGAUCAAUUAUUUGGAAUAUGUAUAUUUCUAAGUGGCUGUGGGAUGGUUAAGUGGGAACAAAGGACCGUGUGAAGUAGUUUGUUGCCUUCUGCCAUGACUUGUGUCCUGUAUUGGGGUUAGUAAAAUGGAUUUCUGUGACACCAAUACCGAAUUUUUGCCUGUACUUGUUUACUUGUAAAUCUGUUCAGUAACCCACUCCUCAGGAACAAAUGUAGAUGUGACCAAACUGUUUUAGACAUCGACCAGAUUCACUGAAAUAAUUAUCACUCAAUCUAGAAAGUGUAACCCUAAAAACCCUAAAAAUGUUUAAGUCUAAAUAUUCAUUAAGACACAAAUAGUGAUAGUGCUUCCUGGUUCUUAAGACCUGUAAUAGGCAUGGGCGGUAUGAGGUUCUCAUGGUAUGACAGCCUUGUGGUAAAUUAUGAUGAAUGGAAUAUACUGGAAACACAAAUAUAUAAUCUUUUUACCUUCAUUUAUGUAAUAAAAUAACAAGGAUUUCUAUGGCUGCAGAACCAAUGUAAGUUAUUGAUUACUCAAUGUUUAAAGUCAUAACAGUGAGUCUAGAAAAAAAAACUUAUCAAUUCCCCUAAUAUGAUAUUGUUCAAGUGGCAGCAUUCUGACUGAUUUUCUAAAACUGUAGGACUAAAGACAUUUGUAGUUAUAUAUUUAAAUUCACACUGAUAAACCAAAAACAUUUCUAGCCAUUGGUACUGCUUGGUUGGUUAAAGGAUAGGUUUUGAUGAUGUUUAAUUUGGACUCAGAAGGGGAAAAAGUGUUUACAGAAGAGAAAAUAACAGAAAAGUCCCCAAAGUCAGAAUUGUAAAAGGGAAAGUUGGGUUUCUUAAAAAAAAACAUUAUAUCUAAAUCUAGUAUGGCUUCCAAGCAGAUAAAGCUUAAUGAAUAGGAAUUAGUUGUGAUAGAAAGUACUACACAAUCUUAUUUAGUAAACAUGUAAGUAUGUUUAAAGGUUCAAAAUAUAGAAAAAUGUAAUACAUUCAUAUUAGCUUUAUUGCUAUUAGAAGUUAUUGUGGUUUAUGAGCAUAUCAAUUAGGAAACCCUGCUGUGUUUGAAGUUAGCCCUGCAACAUGAUUAAAAUGGGUUUAUGUUAUUUCCAGACCCGUGUACAGAUUUUGUACAUGAACUGAAGGCGUAUUAAGUAUUCCAUCUGUUUGUUUUUUACCAGUCAAAUAUUACUUUUUUCUCAGUACCACUAAAGGCAGCCCCAGUAAUGCCAGUGGUGCGCCCAUUACAAUUUUAUUGGAACUGAUCCAGACCAUUUGGGGUCAGUUUGAUUUUAACACAAAGUCUAAACAGGAGAAAAUAAACAAUCUGAAGGAUAACAUACUGGUUUUAACUUGAUAAUAACCAAUACCUGUAUGGCAAUCAGCUGCCUGAAAUGUAGAUCACAGCUUGUUAGCUGUAGUUUAAAACAGUGUUAACUGGAUAAGAAUAAUGGCUGGAAAUUUCCAAUCAGAUGGAUUGGUCGUUCUUAUAAGUGAUUAAAAAGUGUUGUUUCCUGUUUUCAGCAAACUGUCAGAAAGUGUGCUGCAGCUUUGGCAAUAGUCUGCACUCCAUAAAGCCAAAAUAUAUAGUCACUCUGACUGACUUUUUAACCUUCUCAUCAAAUUGAUUUAAACCUUGUAGGAGCAGAACAAGAGAAAAUGUUAUGGUUUUGUAGUCAUAAUCUUGUAGAACUCUUAUGUAUUUUUUAUACUGAUAACCCGCCUAUGCCUAUUUUUUUUUUUAAAUGCCUUCUGAAACAUAUUUAUGACCUAGAGAUUCUAGGAUCGAGGAGCAUGCUAUCGGUCAGAGGACAAAACACUGUUAGCACAACAAAACCCAAGCACAAACUACACAGGCCAUAAAAAUAUAACUGUGAAGCAAAGAAAAAUGUUACAUAUUUGAUCAUACUUUAUUCUUUAAAGAAUAACAUUAUAAAAAGAACUGUAGGCUCUAAUUUUAUCACAAAUAACUAACAUUGUGACAAGGAAGGAUCAAGACAAUAUGCUUUUAUGGCAGCUACAUGUGACAGAUAUCAGGCUGAAUCAGUCCCGGAACUUAUAACUUUACUGACUUAUUUUUUUAAGCUAUAUGAAUAAAAAAAGUGCAAUGACGCAAGGUUUCCAUGAAUUUUGUAUAAAGUUAUCAUACCACCAUUUCUCUCUUGAAUGAUGUUGUAAACUGGAUUGUGUAAUACAUGUAUCUGUGAAUGUCUAUAUUCGCUGAGAUUUUCUUUUAUUCAGUCUAAAUGUUGAAUGGAGCAAUGUGACAUCUCUUACUGUUUUCUGCAAUAAUACUGUCUCAGAAACUAAGGUACAUAUCUCUCCACAGUAAAAUCGCAAUGACAAUAACAGAAUAGAGUAAUAAUAAAUAAUAACAAUAAUUUAAUAGAAAUGUCUAGUCAGGGAUUAUUGUUUUGUACAUUUUUAGCUGUUAAAUGGGCCUAAUGUAAAAUAUUAUAUGUAAAAAAAAAAUAUAUAAUAAAUGUCUUAAGAUAGUGUUCUAUGAAAAAGCAUGAUUGCUAUAUGUGUUACUUGCUGAAUUAAAUAAAGAUCUAUAGAAUAUAAAGUAA